AUGCUGAAGGAGAGAGGACGACUCUGCUUCUCACUGGCUUCAGAUCAGCUGAUAAGAGAGGCCAGAUCCCCACUCAGAGGUCAGAGCAUGGAGAUGAAGACGCACCGGACACCUCAGGAUAAUGGCGGAAUAAGUUGGGGGGUCGGAGAUUCUGAGCAAGACGACCAGCUCAGGGAAAACAAAAGCAACGUGAAGAAGAAGAAGAAGAAGAAGUCAUCCGGGCUAGAAGAAGGCUGUCAGGCCGUCCGGCCUCUGUCUCAUCCCUCAGAUGCCAGGUGUCAGUGGAACGUUUGGGUUCCUCGGGAUAUCUCAGCCAUGACAAACUCCUGCGUGGUCAUCCCAUGCACCUUCAUGUAUCCGUCUGGAAUCAGGCCAUACCGUGGGAUUCAUGGUAUCUGGUAUUUUGGCCAGCCCUACCCUCAACUCUUCCCCCCAGUAGUCUUCAAAUCACGCACAGAUGUUGUGCACGAGAGUUACAAGGGCCGCACCAAGCUGCUGGGUGAUUUGCACCAGAGGAACUGCACUCUGCUCAUCAGCAACAUUGGCGCAGAGCACUCAGGGAGAUACUACUUUCGUGCAGACCUCGGUGGAGCUAACAUAUACACCUACCAAGACUUUGCGGAACUCAAAGUUUUGGAUCAGCCCAACGUUGACAUACCAGAAGAGAUCGUCAGCGACGAGAGUCUGGAGCUGACGUGCUACGCUCCCGACAACUGCCCCGAGAUGACACCUGAAAUCCAGUGGAUGUACACAGACUACCUGCCCGACCCUGAAUUUAGCACCGACUACCUGCAGGAGAGCAACACAGCUGUGCUGUCCAGCACCCUCACUUUCGUCCCCAGACCCAUGCACAACGGGCAGCUUCUGGGCUGCAGGGUCUACUACCCCAACACCACACUGGUCUACGAGAGGCUUGUGUCGCUUGACAUCAAGUAUUCUCCUCGUUCUGUGUGGGUCAACGUCUCCUCCGAGGUGAUGGAGGGCAGCUCUGUGAUGCUGCACUGUGAGGUGGACAGUAACCCGCCUCCCAGGAUCUCCUGGAUCUUCGGAGAGCAGGAGCUACUGUGGGACACGGCGUCCAACCUCUCCCUCUCCCUGGAUGACGUGACGCCUGCAAGUGAGGGAAUCUACACCUGCGUUGGAGACAAUGGCUAUGGCGUGAUGAACACCUCUCUUUACCUGGCUGUCAAAUACCCUCCUCGUGAACCCGUGGUAAACGACUCCAUGACAGUGCUGGAGGGCACCUCACUGGCCCUGCAUUGCAGCACCGAGGGCAGCCCGGCACCGACCCUCACCUGGCUAAAAGACGGAGAGCUGGUUGGGACCAUCACUGCUGACAAGUUGUCUGUGCUGGACAUCAUGGAAAUCACUCCCCAGGGAGAUGGACAGUACCGCUGCCUGGCAGAGAACGAGCAUGGACGGGCCAGCAGCUCCCUCAACAUCACUGUCGAGUGUGAGUGCCUCGUCAUUCUGAAUUCUGAAGAGAUUGAUGCCCCAGUCCUUCUGGAAGACUCAAAGUGCACUGUAGUUAGAGAAGGAGUCCAGUGUGUCUGCAUGGCCACAGGAAACCCCGAACCCGUCAUUGAGUUCUACCUGCCCGACCAGAACAUCACCAUUAACGAAACCGACAGCCGGUACAACUUCUACACUCACACAGAUGGACACAUGUCCACGGGCAUGAUCAAGCUGCGAGAGAAAGGCGAGCGCUUUAACAAUGGUGGGCCGGCCGUUAAUGUCCACUGCAGCAUCUCCAACAUGUACGGAAGAGAGAGUGUACUAUUGGAACUCCAGCAAGAGAGUGAGUCCAAAGCUGCACACCAGAACUAA